AUGGAUGAUUACAAGGAUCAAGGUCACAUGUCCUCGGUAGUCGAGGAGAACGACCACGGGGAACCGGUAGGAUACUUUCUGCCACAUCAGGCGGUGAUACGACCAGAGAGUGAGACGACGAAACUAAGAGUGGUUUUCGACGCGUCUGCUAAGACGACGUACGGCACUACGCUUAACGACAAACUUUUGGCUGGUCCAAACUUGCAACGAGCACUGAACGACAUCAUUCUAAGAUUUAGGAUGCAUGAGUACGUACUGACGGCAGAUGUAGCCAUGAUGUUCAGACAGAUUCUGGUGGACAAGAAGGAUCGAAUUUACCAGCGAAUACUAUGGAGAAGAAGCCCCGAAGAGCAAGUUCAAACCUUCGAGUUGAAUACCGUAACGUAUGGCACAGCCUGUGCCCCAUACUUGGCACUGAAGUGUCUUAUGCAGCUCGCCGAAGAGGAGGGUAUGGACCUACCGCUGGCAGCAAGAUCUUUGAGAGAAGACUGCUAUAUGGACGAUGUGCUCUCAGGGUGUGACUCAUUGACAACUGCUAUCGAGCUACAAAGGCAACUAUCUGAUUUACUUAAGAGAGGUCAAUUUCACUUGCGCAAGUGGCGCACUAACGAGCCACGGGUUCUACAACAUCUUGAGGAAGGAUGCAAAACGGAAAGAAUGCUUGUGCUUAACAAGGAAGAAGCUUUGAAGACGCUGGGCCUCUAUUGGAACGCUACAUUGGACUGUCUGCAGUAUCACGUUAAGCAGGAUACCACAGUAGAGACGAAGAGGGGUAUAUUAUCGAGACUCGCGCAAGUAUUCGACCCCUUAGGACUCAUCGCACCAUUACUUGUGAGAGGCAAGCUAAUCAUGCGACGUUUAUGGGAACUCGACCUUGGAUGGGACCAGGUCAUACCAGAAGAACUCAAGACAGCCUGGGAGACUUAUUGUGCCGAUCUACGAGAGAUAAAUGAGUUGCAGGUUCCCAGAAGGGUAGUAUACGGGAACAAUUCAAGGUUCGAUAUCUUCGGGUUUGGAGAUGCGUCCGAACGAGCGUUCGGAGCUUGUUUAUACGCC